AUGAUAAGGUCAGUUACGGAGGAUGAGGUUGAAUCUAAUGAAUCACACUUGCUCAACAUUCCUUUUGAUUUGUUGGGGAUGCUUAUGAAGCAUUGUGUUGGAGUGGAAUACUUGAGGUUCCGUGCUACAUGCAAGCUAUGCCAUUCAGCAGCACCUUUGACACGUGGGAGGAAGAAAUCUGGAUUAACGAGAUUGCAGAAUAAUUAUUCAUUAGUUUCACCAUGGUUAAUGGAGGUAGACGAAGAAGAGGCGUUGUUCAUUUUUACAGAUCCAUUGCUGGGCGACAAGUACUUUAUGUAUUGCUUACCGGAAGUUAUAUUCCAAAGGAGGAUAUAUUGUUCCAGGUUUGGUUGGUUGUUGUUUGAAUAUUAUUCAGACGAUAAUACGCUGGUGUUCUAUAAUCCUUUCACAAAUGAUAUCCACGAGCUUCCACCUAUUCGCCCUGAUUUUUGGCUUGUUGACAGCUUCUCCUUCUCUGCACCACCUACCUCCCCCGAUUGUAUGGUGGUUGGUUUUUUAAGAAACCAUCAUGAUUGGUGUGUACACGUCCAUUUUGUUUCUGGGGAAUUUUUGUGGCAUAGGCUUAACCUGAGCCUCGGUGGUGAUGACAUACAUUGCUACCGUUUUCCAACAUUUUUUGGCAGAGAUCUUUAUGCCUUGCUCGAGGAUAAGCUUCAUGUUUUCAAAGAUUUGGGCGUAGACAAUUAUUCUUGGGAGCAAGAUGUAGCCAAAGCCCCAACAAGUUGUUCCACGUCAUGGACCAAACAUUUCCUCACGAGACAUGAUCAACAUCUUUUACUAGUUAUGGUGUCUGAAGAAUCUGCUAAGGUAUUUAAGCUCGAUGUAAGUACGAAAACGUGGGGGGAAAUGGAUGGUUUAGGGCGGCUCAUGAUUUAUAUUUGUGACGACACAUGCCUGUGUACCGAAGCCGAAACACCAGAAAUGGGAAACAAGAUCUACUUUCCAGAACUACAUUCCAAGAAUGGGAGGAUAGUGUUUUAUUCGCUCGAAACAUGCACAUAUGGCACCUUUAAUCGCAAAACUGUUGAAGAAACUCGAACAAUGGUGCGUUACCUCGACAGAGCUCAUACUUGGAUUGAACCAAGUUGGUCCUAA